UUCCAGACGAGCGAAUGUCCAUUUCUCGUCCAUUCUGUUGGAGUCUUUCUCGGAUUAAAGACGCUAUCCGUGGUGAGUGUUAUCCGGAACUAGAAGUUAAGUGAAGUGAAAUAAUUAAAGUGUUAACUUAUCAAACUAUCUAUACUAACCAAAAAUGGGAAAAGAAAAGACACAUAUUAACAUCGUCGUCAUUGGACACGUCGACUCCGGCAAGUCCACCACCACCGGUCACUUGAUCUACAAAUGUGGUGGUAUUGAUAAACGUACCAUCGAGAAGUUUGAGAAGGAAGCCCAGGAAAUGGGUAAGGGUUCCUUCAAAUACGCCUGGGUGUUGGACAAACUUAAGGCUGAGCGUGAACGUGGUAUCACCAUCGAUAUUGCUUUGUGGAAGUUCGAAACAGGCAAAUACUACGUCACCAUCAUUGACGCGCCUGGACACAGAGAUUUCAUCAAGAACAUGAUUACUGGAACUUCUCAAGCCGACUGCGCUGUGCUGAUCGUAGCUGCCGGUACCGGCGAGUUCGAGGCAGGUAUCUCGAAGAAUGGCCAGACUCGUGAGCAUGCCCUGCUCGCCUUCACCCUUGGUGUCAAGCAGCUGAUUGUUGGUGUUAACAAAAUGGACUCCACUGAACCCCCAUACAGUGAGUCUCGUUUUGAGGAAAUCAAGAAAGAAGUGUCCUCAUACAUCAAGAAGAUUGGUUACAACCCAGCUGCAGUUGCAUUUGUACCCAUUUCUGGCUGGCACGGAGACAAUAUGUUGGAACCAUCCACAAAAAUGCCCUGGUUCAAGGGAUGGAAUGUUGAGCGCAAAGAAGGCAAAGCUGAGGGCAAGUGCCUAAUUGAGGCUCUUGACGCUAUCUUGCCACCUGCGCGUCCCACAGACAAGGCCCUGCGUCUUCCCCUCCAAGAUGUAUACAAAAUUGGUGGUAUUGGAACAGUACCCGUAGGCAGAGUUGAAACUGGAAUCUUGAAGCCCGGUACCAUUGUUGUUUUUGCCCCUGCAAACAUAACCACUGAAGUUAAGUCUGUUGAAAUGCACCACGAAGCUCUCCAAGAAGCUGUUCCUGGAGACAAUGUAGGCUUCAAUGUCAAGAACGUCUCUGUUAAGGAGUUGCGUCGUGGCUAUGUAGCUGGAGACUCUAAGAACAACCCACCCAAAGGAGCUGCUGAUUUCACCGCACAAGUAAUUGUACUCAACCACCCUGGAGAGAUCUCCAAUGGAUACACACCUGUACUUGAUUGCCACACAGCCCAUAUUGCUUGCAAAUUUGCAGAAAUUAAAGAGAAGGUUGACCGUCGUACUGGUAAAUCCACUGAAGAUAAUCCCAAAUCAAUCAAAUCUGGAGAUGCUGCUAUUGUCAACCUUGUACCAUCAAAACCUCUGUGUGUAGAAUCCUUCCAAGAAUUCCCACCCCUAGGACGUUUUGCUGUCCGUGACAUGAGGCAAACUGUGGCUGUAGGUGUAAUCAAGGCUGUUAACUUCAAGGAUCCCGCAUCUGGAAAGGUGACCAAGGCUGCAGAAAAAGCCACCAAGGGCAAGAAGUAGCUAGAACUGUCAAUUGCACAAUUCUUUAUCCAGCUGCGAUACUUCAUACACCGCAAGGUGUUCCGAAGGAAAGAAGGGCUACAAACUCAUUCCUUUUCUAUAUUUUAUACAACAAGGCUUAUAAUGUAAUGUUAUUUUAUAAUUUAUAAGGUUUAUACAUAUAUCUGAGAUAUUUUGUUACGACUUCAAGCUAAAAUAUGUAAAUUCAUAGAAUAAAGUAGCCUCCAAUAUAAAA